CCCUAGCUCGAGUCAUUGGCCCUUCAACUUGAGUGUGUUUGGCUUUGAUGACCUCAUCAAUUUUUAUUUGGGUACUCAGUCGAUGCGGGCUAGCACAAUAUGAGACAAUUAAUGACACGAGACGAGUAUGUAACACACUAACUUUUGAAUCCAUAUUCGCCAAGAAAUAAAUAUACGAUUUAUGGGUCGAUGAUUCAGUACAAAAAACUUGAAUCAAAUCUAACUAAGUCUAAUGACCAAUACACAAGCAAUAAACACGCUACCCCAACCCAAAUGAUCCUCACCCCACUCUUUUCCCUCUAUCAUAAAGCUCCACUAAAUGAGUGGACAGACUUCAUUAAUUGGGAUCAUGGUAGGUGAUGGAGGAUUGAGUUCACGUGAAUAUUAAUGGGGAGGGAGGCCUUGUCCAUUGUUUUGCAAUUAAAUGGCCAAGUGGAAGUCCGGCCAGGAGGAGAGCACAAAGAGAGGGACGAAUUUUAUUUACUUGACUCCAUCUCCAUUCUUCCUCCUUGCCACUGUCGGUGGACAAAAAAGAGUCGGGCGAAGUUGGGAGACCGAUGCAUCCAAGAAAAGGGAUAUAUGCAUCUAAGGAUGAGCGUGCAGUAGGAGCUACGACCAGAAGUUGGUUGCUUGAGGUUGGAGGCUGCUAUCAACAAGCUUCAUCGGCGACACAAGUUGACGGGAAUUAGUUGUUGCGGGGAAACGUCGAAAUAAGGAGGUAAGCGUCAUAUGUUUCAUUCGUCUAGAAUGAUGAUGGGUAGUUCAAUUCAUGAAAUGAAUUUCUAUGUAUAUACAAGGGGAGCUAGACAAAUGAGGUGGCAGUAUCAGAAGCGGAUCGAUCUUGACAUGACAGGGAGAAAUCACACGUGGGUGUGAAGGUAUCUCGUAUUCAACUUAACUGCUAUUCAGUGUUGUGGAGACUUCUAGGGGCGUCGCGCUAUUGAUGGCAUGGACUUGAACAAAGGAAUUGAACAAAGGUGACUGAUUCUGAAGGAGGUAUGUGGCUUGGACUUUAGUACGAGACAUUCAAACAACUAGAUAUUAAUUGAAGUUUGGACGGGGUCAUGGAGCAUUUUAUGAUUAUUUAUGUAUACACACACAUAAUUUCCAAGUGGGGAAAGAGACACGUACAUGAGUUGCAAAGAUUAAAUUAGAUGGAUAUGGACAUGAUGAUAUUUGUUUGGACUUACAUGGACUAUUUAACUCAUGGAACCAAGUACCUUAUUAUUGGUAUUAAAGGGAGCUCUUAUUAGGUACAUGGAAACUUAUCACUAGAAAGUGGAGCAGCUUGUGGGAUUGAAUGAAGGGAGUCGAGAGGGAAAAACGAGAGUUGAUGGUUGUUAGUUAAACGAUAAGAUGAGUGGUUUAAGGGGGUAAAAUCUACGCUUUACGUAUUUCAAGUAUUUGCCUUACGAGUUUUAAGUAUGUACUUUGCGUGAAUGUAUGACAACGUUGAUUUAUGUCGUGAUUGAUGAUAUAUGCUCUAUUUGAGUUAUGUUUGUGAAGUGUAUAUGAUUAUUUGAGCUUUCAAUCUUGAAGCUUUUAUAUUUAUGUUUAUUUAUUGAAGUUUUUCUGAUCUUUAAAGGUCAACAUUUAAGAGGUAUUUAACUCCUAAUUAAAUUAGGUUGAAAAGGUUUAAAGGUAGUUCACUAACGACAAUCCCCCGCCCCAAUUAAAGUUUAAAGGAAGAGCAAGUUUGAUCUUAAGAAACAUGUGGAUGAAUCACUUAUACAUCACAUGAAGUUUAAAGGAAGAGUAUGAUAUACUCUUAAGGUUUAUGGGGUUGAAUCGAUUACUCUCAUAAAAAGGUUUAAGGAUAGGCCUAUGUUGGCCCUCAUACGUAUGAGUUGGGCAGCUGGACUAGUUAGUGAGGAGAUCCCAAUGUCGGUCAAAGAUUUAAGAUUUUGAGGGUGGCGAGUAACUCCAAAUCCCACAUUUUUAAGAGUUAAAGUUUAAAGGGUGGAAGUAUAAAUAACUUCCAUAAGUUUUGAGGUGAAGACUUAAGGGAAUACUCGUAAGUGCUUCAAGUUUAAGUAAUGGCGUAGACUGACCCCGACCCACUCACCAGGUCGUAGAGGAGGAGCUAGAAAGCACCCAGUUGAGGAGCAUCCAGCGAGAGAGCAGGCUACCAAAGGAGGACCACGUGAGCGAUACUGAGGAUGGAUGACCACGGAUCGGAGUAAGAAGUGUUUGCGACCUUUAGUUAUUUGCUUUAUUAUUAUGAGUAGUGAGUAGAGAUUUAAAAGAUUAAGACUUUAUAGAUUGAGGUUUGUCCAAAUGUUAGGGCUUUGCUUUUGAAUUAUAAGAGUUUAUUUUCAGUAUUGGUAUCUUGGCACAAUGUUAUUCUUCCUUUCAAAAAAUUAAAUAUGUUCCGGAGAAAAACUAUUAUUUCAAGGUUUUAGAGAACGGAAUGUGACAGAGUAUAAUCACGAAAUAUAUAGUUCAGUCUGGUGUCGAGCCUAAAUUUCAUGAAACGAACAUGAGCACAACCUAUAAGUGGGUCUUUCUGGUAUAAGCACAAAUACUUACUUGAUCGCCGGAUUGUUACGGGCUAGCAUGACACGAGACGUUAGUGUACAAACAAGAAAUAUAUAGUUCAGCCUGGCAUCAUCUAUUCCGAAUAGAUGUUGCAUGUGCAAAAAUGUGGAGGAAUCUAGCGAUCACUUAUUUUUGCAUUGUCAAUUUGCAUCAAAGUUGUGGUAUUACUUUCAGCUCAUGUUCAAUAUCGUAGGUCCAUUGCCACAAAGAUGUGAACUUUUGUGGACAGAAUGGUAGUUCUUAACGUUCAUGGAUAACUCAAUCAAUCAUAUUAUGAUGAUUCCACAUGCCAUUUUAUGGCAAUACACGGAACUUUCGGGACGAAGUUCAUAGCAGCUCUCAGAUUCAAUCUCGACUUGUUUUCCUUCUCAUAUAAUGGACAACUAUAAAGGACCUGAAGGGAGGUAAUACUGGGAGGUUUCUCGAACUCCUUCAUGACAACACUAUUGUUUUUCCAUUUAGACGACAUAACUAAACUAAAAUUAUUAUAGAAUACAACACACAAAUAAUGAAUUAUUUUUCUUAUAAUAUUAAUUUAAAUAUUAUAUGUAAUUACUACCAUAAAUAUAAAUGAUCGAACAAUUAUAAAAUAGAUGAAGGUCAAAUCACUCCCCUCAUACUUAAAUUUCUUCUUCCCUUUAUUUGUUACUUUUUUCAAACAUUCUAAAUUAAUAGUUUCAUUUCCCGUCUGAUUUUCUCCUUCAAUUUCAUUGACUUUUAUCUUCUUCCUUUUCAUGAAGCAUGACAUGAGAAUGUGUAAGUACGACAAGAUUCAAACCAUCCUCAACCCCCAGGUUGGGCUGAGCAAAUUUUAAAAAUGAGUUACCCAAUACGGCACGACAUAAACGAGCCUGAGGCGUGGUCAUGUUGUACCAGUCCAAGCACGACCCAAUACCCAGGUACAUGGACAUCUCAUCAAGCUUGAAACUUUUUCCAUGGAGUACAUGUACUUUAGACUCUUUUCUUAAUCAUUUGGCUGUUUAUAUUCCUGUGGAACAAAGUUUAUGUUAUGAAUCAUUCUAUUUUCCUCAUACAACCAUGAAGGGCAUUGUCUAAUUCCUACGACUGAUAGAACAUUUUACAGGUACUCAUUUCAAUUCUCAAGGGUACCAUUGAAUCUCAAUAAAUUUGAGUCAUUUUCUUUUCAAUAAUUUGCAAAGAUUAUGUGAAAAUACAUGUAGAAUUUGGUUCAAAUUUCUCAUUUUCUAUGCUGUAACAUCUUAGUGUUCCUAGCAUACAAGACAUCAACGUUGAGCACUAAUGCACUAUCCAACCAACUAUCCCUGGUUGGCAAUAUCCACUUCAAGUUUCGUGCAACGAUACGACUGACCCUUUCGAUUUUAAAAGCACCAGUAUAUUUCCCAAGCAAUUCAUUCCUUCCACAUAUCAAGCUGUUGCCGAUAGCCCAACCUCGCCGCAACCUUUUCCGGCGGCGGCGGGAAAGUUGCAUUCAUGUUUGGGCCUUUGGGGUCAUGGUUGGGGGAUGGGAUUAGGUGCUAAUCAUUAUAGGGGUUAGCACCGUGAUAACUAGCAAAAAACACUACUAAAAAUAACGAAAUCACUACGAAUUAUUAUAAAAUCAAUACAACAUCUAAGCUAAAUCACUACUAAUUCAAACUAGUAGUAGUUUUUCCCUUGGUUACAAUAGUUAGCACCGUAACCGCUCCCCAUGAUUGGCCAUUUGGACGACCGACAAAGGACACGUGGCGUAACGGGUUUCAGCCAUGGGGGUGGUCUUGGACAGCAACUGGGAUUCGAUCAGAAGGAAAAGUAUCAAUAACACUCCAACCCCAGCAACCGAAUCCCCAUUAUAAUAUUGAUGAUCUUUUCAUCGAGCAAGUCGUUCAUUCCAAGAUACUCUGCUUCAGUGGCCAUCAGAGCACUGCAAAAGGAGACAACCGUUUCACAAACUUGCAAGCCACCAUCAUUGUAAAGAAAAUGGCGGAUCUGCAACGACUUCCAGUUGAAGACUGCUGAGUUUUCUCCUUCUCUAAGGGGCUGGUGAAGGAAAAAGAAGUUGGACUUUGGACAAUGAAGAAAAGCAACUCCUGCAUUCAUUCAACCUUAUCAAUACAAUCUAUAUGCUCAACACUCCGAAGGACUGUGGUUACAAUAUUUGAAUGUUUACAAUUCUAGGGUAAAUACCUCGGUGAUGACUCGGUAUUUGCACAUGUUUUCCCCUUUGUUUCUUGAUUGUUUGAGCUUGAAUUAUUGCGUCUUUGGCCUAUUUUAUGCUAGGUUGUAUUCCUUUGUCCCAUUUCAGGUCCUAGCACAUAAAGUGAAGCAUAGGCGCAAGUUUCAAGUCAAUCAGAGAUCAAUUGACGAUUCGAGAGAAGAAACUCGGGCAUGAACUGAAGAAGAAUGGAUUUCUACCUCACUUUAUGGACAAAGAAUCAUGCAAGCUUGUUAUGAAACGAAAGAGGACGAGACUACGAGCGUCUGGGAUCAAACGGCGAUUGAUUCGGAGUCCGGACGAGGGAGAAACGAAGCGUUAAACAGAGGCUGAGCAAGCUGCACGGGCAGACCAGGGAGGCUGCACGGCCGUGCACGUGAGCAAUAUGGACGUGCGCCUUAUGCCGAGGACACGCACGGGCAACCCCUGAAGCUCGCACGGCCGUGCACCCUGGCUGUGCGAGAGGGCUGAAGUUCGACUAAAUGACACGCUGCGUUUUGAGUUGCACGGCCAGAAUGGUGAUAUGCACGGCCGUGCACCCUGGCCGUGCGAGUCGGGAUUUCCUGGUUUUAAGCCAAAUUCCGAACCAAAGAGGAGGGAGAGCUGGGUUUUGGAUCCCAAACACCCAAGGGACGAACCCUAGAGAGAGAGGGCGAUUUGAGGGCAUUCUUGGAGUAGAGAAGGAGGAUUUCUUCGCCUUGGAAGCUCGAGGAACAAGCCCGGACUUGAAGACUGAUCAUCUGAAGAUUCUUACUGCAGUCUCUCUCUUCUCUAUGGAGUAACUUCCCUUCACUUAGGUUUUGAGGAACCCUAGCUAUGUUUGUUUGAUUGGAUGAUUGUAUGAGUACUCUGACUGGAUAAUCUUGAGUUCAUAUUCAAUCUAUGCAUGUUUUCAUGAUUCAAUUCUGCUUUAGUCGAGAUUAUUGAUUCUGCUUUGAUUCUAUGAGAGGGAAUACCUGAUUAGGUCAAUAGAGCACCAUAGAUUGAUAGUAGUGGAUCGAUUGCUUUAGUCGAGGGUUGAUUCACUGCUUUGUAUCGAUUGAGAACCCCUUUCGAUAGAGGGAGUCUAGUUCAGAACGCCUUGAUCAGUUGUUCUAGAGAAGGAUACGUCCCUCUAGGCAAUUGACUCAAGAGGGCCUUGUUCCUUUAGUCGAGACUCAAGGUCUAGUCAAGGAUUCUCCGCAUUGUGAAUGAAAGUGAAACAGGUUAGAGAUCAUCAAUCGUUAAUCUGGCUAGUGGCUAGGGGGAAUCAUACCUAAGUGAGUUCCCAACCUGUAAUUAGAUUAACUUUAACUGUAGUUUGCUAGAGUAGUUUUAGUUCUUUCAUCUUAAUUUGGUUUGCUAAAUAAUAAACUGAAGCUGAGUAAUAGUAACUCUAGAGACCCGUGGAUUCGAUAUUUAUCACUUGAGCCACUAUACUGCAGUCCCUUUCAUUGGUUACACUUGGCCUUUGUUAGGUGUUGUGUUUUAGCGAGUCACUCGGGUAUCACUAAAGUUUGAGAAUUGGGCAGACAUACUACUUAGAUUUGAAUAGGAUGUCGGGUACCACUGAAUUCUAUUAUAUGAGCACCCGGUACCACGUAAGUUUUCUGCUAUGUGCAUUGCGUUAAAGUUGACUGAAUAUUCUUGGAAUAUUUCGUUUUCUAAAUUUCACAAUAGGUCCUUCUACUUUUCUUAUUGUAAAAAAACCAUUGGGACUUAUGGAAAACAUAAUUUUUUAUUGUUUAAUUGAAAUCCUCUUUUGAAUACUUGAUAUCAAAUUAAUUUUUUAAUAGAAAGUUUAGAAUCAAUUAUCAUUAUAAGUAUUUUCAAUUAUCAUUAUGUGUUCUUAAAUAAUUUUCUGAAGCAAAUAUAUCUUAUGAAUUCUA